AUGAAGCCCCAGGACGGAGCAGAACUCAAGAACUGUUCCUGGGAAGGCGGCUUGGACGGGUUCCAACAGCAGCUCUGGCCGAUCUUGGCCAUGCAGUUUGUUUUGGCCGUCGCCGGGAAUGGCUUUUCCCUCUACCGCUUUGUGGCCCGCGAACGCUCCCCUUGGCACCCCGGCAUCGUCUACUCCUUCAACCUGGCGGUCAGCAACCUGCUGUACGCCUUCUCACUGCUGCCCCUAGCCGUUUAUUACUACCCGGAGAAGGACUGGCGCUACGGCCUCACCUUCUGCAAGCUGGACCGCUUCCUCUUCUUCUGCAACCUCUACGGCGGCACUUUCUUCAUCGCCUGCAUCAGCCUGAACCAGUACGUCGCCAUCGUCCACCCCUUCUUCGCCCACGGGCGCCUGGAACCCCGCCACACCAAGGCGCUCAGUGGGGCGGUGUGGCUGCUGGGGGUGGCCAUCUCCGCGCCGGUGCUCAGCUUUUCGACCACAGAGCUCAAAAACGGCACCAAUCGAACGGAGUGCCUCGGAAGUGCCUCCAAAGACCACCUGUCCCAGUAUUGGCCCUACAGUUUGUUCCUGUUGGCAUUUGGCUGUGUGCUGCCCUUCCUCCUGACUGCCUCCUCCUGCAGGGCCAUCCUCUACACCGUCCUCCGCAACCAGAACAUCACGACGGACGAAAAGCGCAAAGUGAGAACGCUCCUUUGUGCGGUGGUGGCCCUCUACGCCCUGUUGUACCUGCCCUUCCACAUCCUACGCAACCUGAACCUCAGGGUGCGCAUGCGGGAAAAGGAGUACUGUGAAACGGCCCAUCUCAUCUACACCCUCUACCAGCUGGCAAAGAUCUUGGUUCACUUCCACAUCUGCCUCCACCCACUGGUCUACGCUUCCCUGGCAAACAACCUGCUGGAAUAUUGCUGCAGAGGUGUCCGACGGAGGAAAGAGGCGCGAGAGAAGUGUGUGCCGUUGAGGCAGUGUGACGAGGCCCCCCCUGGAGACCCCCAGAACCAGUGGUGA